GGAACAGUUGAUCGCUUAUGAACUCAUUAGUUUCAUUUCCUUUGUGAUUUUGAUGGGUCGAUCAGCCGAACUUCACACUGUUGAGAAGCCACUAAAUGCUCCCAUCAUCAGUCUAUACAUAAAUACAUACUAUUUCGUUAUGUAUGGAAUGGAUACAAGAAAGAGACAGAAAGAACAAUUCAAUCGAAUCCACGAGCAGGGUUUAAAAUGAAAGUGGCAAAUAAUUAAUUAUUACUUCUCUGUCUACUGACCGCUUCAUCAUGAACAUUUUUUACCAAUCAUUUGUGUUCAACUAAGUUAACACCUCCCUCCCUCGGCAGAACAAGCCACAUUCUGUUUCAAACAAGAGCAGAUGGAGAGAGUUAUUCAAAGUGCCAACAAAAGCGAGCCCCAUCAAGUGCAUAUAGAAUUUUGGGCAAAACCACCUCCCUUAUAUUUGUGUUUAGAAAAGACUUUAUAUAUGAUAUUGCCUAAACUUGUUGAUUGAAGAUGUGCCACAUACGCUGCUUCGUUCUUUUGGAUCAGAGCAACAUGACACCGAUUAAACUGUUUCAACAUUAAACUAUCGGGUAUACAAUAUUUGAACUGCUCAGUAAUUUUAUCAUAUCUGGAACGUAGGCUAGGAAGUUUUCUUUUCACCCUUUGUUGUACAAAUUCGCCUCAGCCCCACUUUAAGUUAAGAUGUAGAAGAUAAAGAAGAAGAAAGAAUUGCACAGUAAUCACCCUUUUCGCAAAUUUACCGGGUGUGCCUCUUUUGACGCCUCAAAGUAAUGGAUAGAUGGAGAACCCUACAGCUUCAGCUUCUGUUAAUACUCAAGUUGUUGAAAGAACGGAGCAGUUACCACUAGCAAGUCGAUGGAAAAAAGGCCAGCUUAUUGGACGUGGCACUUUCGGAAGUGUGUACAUUGCAAGUAACCAGUUACAUGAUAGAGAAACCAGAGCUCUAUGUGCGUUGAAGGAGUAUGAGUUAUUGCCUGAUGAUCCAAAUUCGGCUGAGUGCAUAAUGCAGUUAAAGCAGGAAAUUGAAGUACUUAGCCAGCUUAGACAUCCGAACAUUCUGCAAUAUUACGGCAGUGAAAUUGUUGAUAAUCGGCUUAACAUAUGUCUGGAAUAUGCACAUCACGGUUCGAUAGACAUGUAUAUCCAGGAGCAUCUUGGGGCCCUAACGGAAUCGAUUGUCUGCAAUUUUACCCGCCAUAUUGUGACUGGACUGGCUUGCCUGCAUGUUAACAACUCCAUACAUGGGGAUUUAAAGGGAGCUAAUUUAUUUGUGGAUGCAUCUGGAAUAGUCAAACUUGCCGACUUUGGGAUUGCUAAACAUCUAACUAGACAAGCAGCUUACCGCUCUUUGAAGGCAAGUCUAAACUGGAUUGCUCCAGAGCUUGUACGAUCCUUGAUGGUGAAUGAUAACAGCACUGAUCAUGAUCAUACUGUUGAUAUGUGGAGUUUGGGAUGUCCUAUUAUCCAAAGUAUGAAUGGGAUAUCUCCUUGGAGCGAGUAUGCGCAGGCUGCAGCUAUAUUUAAGGUGAUGCAAAGUGCUCCGCCAAUACCUGAGACAUUGUCCGCCGAGGGAAAGGAUUUCCUGCAGUGCUGCUUUCGGAGACAGCCUGCUGAGAGGCCGCCUGCUGCUAUGCUGCUUGAGCAUGCUUUCCGGCAAAUUUGAAGUUGCAGAUGACUAAACUUUUUCCAUGUGCCGUACGUUGUUGCAAAAGGCAUUUCAUUUGUAAAGGUCCAUAUUUACUAAACCAAAAGGAUUAGAAAGAGGAAGGGCAGUGGGUGCAGGAUAUGUUUGAUCCUUCACACUGUUGGAGCACACGGGACUCGGCUUUUCUGUGAUCUAAUUUCCUAGGAAGACUUCGUGCAGUGUGGAAGCUGCUACAUGGACAUCGGUCCACUAAUGGGAUGAAGAAGAAAGAAGACUCAUAUGAUCGAAUAAGAGAUGCUUCUGCUUCAAAGGAAGGGCAUUGGGUGCGAAAGAAAGGAGGUUCGACAAUAGGUUUCUUUUCUAGAAAAGGUACAUUUUAAGGGCUUCUGUCAGUACAAAAAGUUACUAGCACAGUGAAAAAAUUAUUCAUCACGUGAAGAAUUACUUACCAUC